AUUUGUGUUUUUGAUAAUGUGAUGUUCUCUUCUCUUCCUUGAAGAUCCUUGCCCGUCUUGAUAAUGGAUCUUUCUUCUCCUUCUUCAAUCAUUCAUCCUUAAAUCUUUCUUCUCUUUUCCAAAUAUUAAUCAACAAAACUAAGUUUUUGAGUUUUUUUGUUUUUUUUUCUAAUCUCAAAUUACUCUGUUUUUGAGAUCUCUGUUUCAACAGGGCUUGUAAGAACCAUGUCUUCCUUGUCAGAGAAGAUAACAGAGGAUCCAGUAACAUACAAGACAGCACAAAGCAGCGUGACAUGCAUUUACCAAGCGCACAUGGUUGGAUUCUGGAGAAACGUUAGGGUUCUAUGGUCUAAGAAUCUCAUGAACCAUUCCUUGACCGUGAUGGUCACUAGCGUACAAGGAGAUAUGAAUUACUGUUGCAAGGUUGAUCUUAAGCCAUGGAACUUUUGGAACAAGAAAGGUUACAAAUCUUUUGAGGUUGAAGGAAACCAAGUAGAUGUGUAUUGGGAUUUUAGGUCUGCUAAAUUCAACGGCGGGCCUGAGCCGAGCUCGGAUUUUUACGUGGCGCUUGUAUCCGAGGAGGAGGUUGUUUUAUUGUUGGGUGAUCAUAAGAAGAAAGCUUUUAAGAGAACUAAAUCAAGACCUUCUUUGGUUGACGCUGCCUUGUUCUACAAGAAAGAGAAUGUGUUUGGUAAGAAGAGCUUUUCGACUAGGGCUAAGUUUCAUGAUAGGAAGAAAGAGCAUGAGAUCGUUGUCGAAAGCUCGACCGGGGAAACAGAUCCAGAGAUGUUGAUUAGCGUAGAUGGUAUCCUUUUGGUUAAGGUGAGAAAUUUGCAGUGGAAGUUUAGAGGGAACCAGACUGUUGUGGUGGAUAAAGAACCUGUUCAAGUGUUUUGGGAUGUGUAUGAUUGGUUGUUCAGCUCGCCCGGAACAGGUCACGGCUUGUUCAUCUUUAAACCGGAGAGCGGUGAGAGUGACUCGAGCAAUGGAGGAACCAAGUAUAGUAAUGCUUCUUCUUCAUCAUCUGAGUUUUGUCUCUUCCUUUAUGCUUGGAAACUGGAAUAAGUCUAUAAAAUGUUCCCAAACCAAAUCUUGCAUCCUGUUUUUUUGCCUGACUGUAAAUUCACAUUCAACAUCAAUCCUAGCGUGUGAACCACUCUUGAUAAUUUUGAGUAGUUCAAAUUUA